GCUUGGCUGCCCAUGCGGCGCAGGAAUCUGGCUUGUGAAGCUCCAGCCUCCCUCCUUGGUGCGUGGGGAGAGCAGGUCCCUCUCACCGAGCCUCCGUCUCCGCUUCCAGGCCACUACGUCAUCAUCCGCCUUCACCACGACGGCCACGUCAUCGACACCAAGGAGACCAAGUCCGUCACCAGCUACAACCCCGUCUGGAACAUGCCCUUCCUCUUCAGCCUCCCCGCUGGGGACAUCCAGCAGCUAGAGCUGUCCUUGGAGUUCACCGUCAUGCAGGCUCGCCUCUGCACCCGCAGCUCCCCGCUGGGCCGCGUGCGGGUGGGUCCCUGCGCCCCCGGGGCUGGGCUGCUGCACUGGAGGGAGAUGUGCAGCCGGGGACAGCUGGAGGUGGCACGGUGGCACCAGAUCCAGCCUGACGCCCUCGGAUGCUGAUCUUGCCCGAAACCCCUAGGCAGGGCUUGCCCGGGACUCGGCUGUCCACGGGAGUGAGAGAAGGGAGAACUCUGAGCCUUGGAGAGGUGAGGUCUCAGCCCGCACAGCGUCAUGGGCGAAGCCUGGGCUCUGUCUCCAAGGGCUGGAGAUCGGUGGUGGUCGGCACAGCCCUCUUCUGAGCAGCUUCGGAGGGGAACGAGCCCGUCUGAGAUGGCUUCAGGCGUGGGGAGGGAAGAGGAGCCUUUCUCCGCUGCGCCCACCAAACACCCGCUCGGUGCCCACACCUGGAGCGAGCCCUGAGCGCCUGAAACCUUGGCUGUGGUAGGAGAUGGGUGGGAAGGUCACCCGACUGGGAGACCAGUCACCACGGUGGUGGUGUCGACUGCCCCUUCUAACCCACCAUCCCCAGCCCACCCUCUCCACCCAGUCCCACAGCAGUGAAGACCAUCGCCAGACCCUUCCCCAUCACCGCAGGCUGGGACACACCCUGCUCUGCUCCUCGGCGAGAAGAACCACAAGGUCUCACCAACAGUGCCCCAACCCUCCCUGCACCAAAAGGUGUUCAUCGGCAUUUUUAAUUAACUGCUGGCUCAAACGAGUGCUCAAUAAAAUAAAUACAGCGGUUGAGCAGGAUUGCAUGUGCAGAGUUAAUUGAAGCUCUUCCCUAUCCCGGUGCUUUUUGCUCGGCUGUGCCCCAGGCCAGUGGUGUCCAUGGUUUUUAGGAGCAAGAACUGUCCUCCAGAGCGGUGGCCUGGGUGGGAGGGGAUGGUCACCUACUCGUAGGGCAGGAGGGAGCAAAGCCCCACUCACGUAACGCCUGUGUGGUGCUAAUUAGUAAAUCAACAGGACUGAGGCCCUCUUUCCACACAGAUUAAUUGGACGCUGAACCUCUUCCACCAGCUCCUCGCCCCUCGGGGCCGUGACCCGUGUCCAGCCCCAAGGGCAGGUCCCCGUGGGGACACCGGUGGCUCUCAGCCCUGACUGGUGGAAGGAGAGUGUCUGGAGAGCCCGCGGGGGGGAGAAGGUGGAUGGGCCACAGAGGCACAGAUCGUAGCC